AUGAAUAAAUUGCAAGAAAUCACCGAACAGAUCGAUUUCGCCGCGGAGGAAAUGAAAAUAUUGCAAUGGUGGCGAGAAGAGAAGAUAUUUGCAAAGUCUUUGGAGCUCAGCAAAGGUCGUGUGCGUUACACAUUUUACGACGGCCCUCCGUUUGCUACAGGUUUGCCUCAUUACGGUCAUAUUUUGGCUGGAACUAUUAAAGAUGUUGUUGCUCGCUGGGCACAUCAAAAUGGGUGUUAUGUUGAACGUCGCUUUGGUUGGGAUACGCAUGGUCUACCAGUAGAAUAUGAAAUCGAUAAAAUACUUGGUGUUAAAGGUCCUCAUGAUGUCCUAAAACUAGGCAUUGAUAAAUAUAAUGCUGAAUGUCGAAAUAUUGUCAUGCGAUACUCGUCAGAAUGGGAGAAUACGGUUGAACGUAUGGGACGCUGGAUUGAUUUCCGAAACGAUUAUAAGACACUUUAUCCAUGGUUCAUGGAAAGUGUUUGGUGGGUCUUUAGUCAGUUAUUCAAAAAAGGACUUGUGUACAGAGGAGUCAAGGUCAUGCCAUUUUCGACAGCUUGCUCUACACCGCUUUCAAAUUUUGAAGCUGGACAAAACUAUAAAGAUGUUGUAGAUCCUGCAGUGGUUGUUGGCUUCACAUUGGAUGAUGAUUCAUCAAUACAACUAGCUGCGUGGACGACAACACCAUGGACUUUACCGAGUAAUUUAUGUAUUGCUGUUCAUCCAGAUCUUAUUUACGUCAUCGUUCGGGAUAAAAAAACUGAAAAAAAAUACAUCUUGAUGGAAGAGAGAAUAUCCGAAUUGUACAGAGAUGUUGAAGAUUACGAGAUUCUGGAUCGAUUCAAAGGGAAAACAUUGGAAGGUAAAACUUACCGGCCACUUUUUCCAUAUUUCUACGAAAUGAAAAGUAAAAUUGGCGCAUUUCGAGUUCUUGUUGCUACAUAUAUCACCACCGAUCAAGGCACUGGUGUGGUGCAUCAAUCUCCUUAUUUUGGAGAGCUUGACUUUCAAACAUGUUUGGAUAAUGGUGUAAUAACUCGUGAUAUGAAACCAAUCUGUCCAGUUGAUGAAUGUGGUCGGUUCAAGGAUGAAAUCACUGAUUUUUGCGGCCAGUAUGUAAAAGAUGCAGACAAAAAUAUUUGCAAAUAUUUGAAGCAACAUGGAAGUCUUGUCAAACUGAGUGAAGUGAAGCACAGUUAUCCAUUUUGUUGGCGGUCGGAUACACCACUGCUCUACAUGGCGGUACCAUCCUGGUUCAUUUGCGUUGAGAAAAUCGUACCAAAAUUACUAGCUAAUAAUGACAAAACUUAUUGGGUUCCGUCAUUUGUAAAAGAGAAGAGAUUUGGUAAUUGGUUAAAAGAUGCUCGUGAUUGGGCUGUUUCAAGAAAUCGAUUUUGGGGCACUCCAAUAAAUUUAUGGAUAAGUGAUGAUUUGGAAGAAAUCGUUGCCCCAUCUUCAAUUGCUGAAUUAGAGAAAUUAUCCGGGCAAAAAGUGACUGACCUGCAUAGAGAAAAUGUCGAUCACAUUACAAUACCAUCAUCUACUGGUCGUGGCGUAUUGCAUCGGGUUAGCGAAGUUUUUGAUUGCUGGUUUGAGUCCGGUUCAAUGCCUUAUGCUCAGAACCAUUACCCGUUCGAAAAAAAAAAUGAUUUCGAGAAUAAUUUCCCAGCAGACUUCAUCGCUGAAGGUAUUGAUCAAACACGAGGUUGGUUUUAUACCCUUAUGGUUCUCUCAACGGCGCUCUUUGAUCGACCACCGUUCAAGAAUCUUAUUUGCAAUGGUCUAGUACUUGCUGCUGACGGCUCGAAAAUGUCGAAACGAAAAAAAAAUUAUCCAGAUCCUUUGAAAAUUGUUGGAAAAUAUGGUGCUGAUGCUUUGAGAGUUUAUUUGAUCAAUUCACCUGUUGUUCGUGGAGAAAAUUUGCGUUUUCGGGAAGAAGGUGUUAAAGAUAUUCUGAAAGAUGUAUUAUUACCAUGGUAUAAUGCAUAUAGAUUUUUCGUCCAGAAUGUGCAAGUUUAUGAAUCUACGAAUAAUAAAGGCUUUGCAUUACUGGAUGCUAAAUCGAUUAAUAUAAUGGAUAAAUGGAUUAUGUCGUUUACCAACAGCUUGCUUAAUUUUGUUAGAAAUGAAAUGAGUGCGUAUCGACUUUAUGCAGUCGUCGCACCACUAACGAAAUAUUUCGACUCCUUAACAAAUUGUUAUAUACGUUUAAACAGGAAAAGGAUGAAAGGUGAAGAUGGCGUAAAAGAUUGUGCGCACGGCCUUUCGACAUUAGGAAAAGUUCUCCUGCUGAUCGUCCGACUUAUGGCACCAUUUACACCUUUUUUUUGUGAACAUUUGUGGCGUAACUUACGGCAUAUUUCUUUAUCAACCAAUGAAUCCGUACAUUUCGAAAUGAUUCCACAGCCACUAAAUGAUUUAAUAGACAAAUCAGUGGAAAAAAGAGUUGCAAGAAUGAGAGCAGUUAUUGAUCUCGUUCGGGUCUUACGGGAAAGAAAAGGAAUACCAGUCAAGUAUCCACUGAAAGAGAUGAUCGUAAUCAACCGUGAAAAGCAAUUCUUAGAUGACGUUCUCUCACUGCAAAAUUAUAUUAUAGCAGAAGUUAACGUAAGAACGCUAACGGUUUCACACAAUAAGGAGAAGUAUGGUGUCUACUUGAAAGCUGAACCAAAUUUCCGCUUACUUGGCACCAGAUUGAAGGGUGAUCAGAAAAAAGUGGUCGAUUACCUGAAGAAUAAAGUUACCGAGAAUGAAUUGGAACAGUUUGCGGAACGAGGUGUAUUGAAUAUAUUAGGUUAUGAAUUGACUGCUGAAGAAGUGAGCUUAUCUUAUGGAUGUCGUGAUGUCCAAACUACUGGUGAACAAAUGGAAGCACACUCAGAUGGACAGACAAUAGUAAUAGUGGAUAUAACAGAAGAUAACGCUCUGAAAGACGAAGGUUUUGCACGCGAAAUUAUCAAUCGCGUCCAGAAACUUCGUAAAAGUGCCAAAUUGAUGCCGAACGAUAAGGCGAUAGCAUAUUGUACAGUAAGUCCUUUUACUCAUCGUUUGGUUACAGUAAUUAAAGACUACAAUGAAUUUAUUGAAAACACGACUGGUACUCCAGUACGUUUAUCCGGUGUACCGGAUGGUGCAAUGUCAGUUGCAGUUUCUUGCAGCUCAGUGAAAAAUGCACAAGUAGAGUUACAUCUGGUCUGCCAUCGGACGACUUCAUUCGGUGUAACAGUACAUUAUGGUUCCAGAAAGCAUCGUAUAUUACUGGUAGCAAAUGAUGAAGUCCUAACACAUGCAAGAUUACUUUAUGAGAUACGUGCCAUCUUUUCCUUAUGGUCCAAGUCGAAGUUAUUGCUUUCUUUAGGGCCACUACCGAUGAAAACAUAUAUUUCGUCCAACUGUAAUUUGCUUGAUUUGGCCGACAAAGACAUUUAUGUCAUUGCUUCUUGA